AUGUCCAACGAAACAGAAGCAAACGACAUCAAAGGUGGAAAUAUGGCGAAUAAAACAAACACCAAAAAACGGGAAGAUGCCGACAAGGAAAACCGUGGAUAUGCAGCCAUUGGGCUGGGAAUCAUGUGCCUCGCAACUCUGAUAACCCAUGCUGUUCUCAAUGCUCCCAGUAGCAAGCUCACGCCGAUACCAAAACCGCGAGGGCAGAACCAAGGGGACCCGAUUCUCGUGUUCAAAAUAACAUCUACAUUCUUCAUGUUGAUCCUCUGGGCGGUCGGCUUGAACUUGUGGGUUACAUAUCUGGCCGAAGUCUCGGUGACUCUACGAAACAAAUCGAUCCUCGGCGGCCUCUUUGCAGCCAACGCCGGGUUGGCAUAUACAUUAUUAUGGAACUCGUCGGCCUCGUUGCAGGAAUAUAUGGGCUGUACUUUGUGGCCGACCUACUUGGGGAUUGUUCUUGGCGUUGCCAUGUAA